CUUGGUCAGGUCUUUCCGAAGAAUUCGAACUCAGUUGUCAGAUUCUGCCUCUGCAAAUCUCCGUUGAGGAUUGUGGGCGCAAGAAACAUAGAUUCUCGCCAAUAUGAGCUUCCAACAGGAAAUGAGUUAGCAGGUCUUAAAAGAAUAACAAGUCUCAACCCAAAGUUUGAUUCAUUGCAUUUUCCUGUGCUAUUCCCAUAUGGUGAAGAUGGGUUCCACGUAAACAUACCAUAUGAUGGUGUUCAUACUCCACCAACUCUUAAGCGGAAAUUUGUUACUCAACGUGAAUACUAUGCUUUUCGACUACAGCAUAGAGAUGAUGAGGGCCAAACUUUAAUGCGCGGUGGGAAAGCUCUGCAACAUUAUGUGGUCGAUGCAUUUUCAACUAUUGAACAGAAUCGCCUUUAUUAUUUGCGGUCUCAUCAGGAGGAUCUCCGAUCUGAAUUAUACCAUGGAGAUGAUAUUGGUAAUGUUAUUCUACCUUCGUCCUAUACCGGCAGCCCUAGGUAUAUGAAGCAGUUGUAUUUGGAUGCAAUGGCUGUUGUUCAUCAUCAUGGCAGUCCGGAUCUUUUCAUCACAAGCGAGCUUAAACCAGAAAUUGUUGCUAGGGUUUUCCGUAUGAAGCUUAAUGCUCUGGAAGAUGAACUGAAUCGCUCACAAUUUUUUGGAAAGACUGUUGCAGCUGAGUUACCGGAUCCAGAACUUGAUCCAGUUGGGUAUGCUGCUGUUACGAAAUACAUGCUCCAUGGCCCCUGUGGUGACGAUAAACCAACAAAUGUGUGUAUGAAAGACGGCAAGUGUUCGAAGUAUUUUCCAAAAUUGUUCAAUUCAGAGACUACCACAGACCAGUUUGGUUAUACAGUGUACAGGCGUCGUGACUCGGGAAUCACAGCAUCCAAAGGCAGUGUGGAACUAGACAACAGAUUUGUCGUUCCAUAUAAUAGGAACCUCCUUGUGCUUUUUCAGGCACACAUCAAUGUUGAGGUAUGUCAUCAAGGACGGCUUAUUAAGUACCUGUUCAAGUACAUAAAAAAGGGCCAGAGAAAAAAGCAGAAGCUUUCUCGGAUACUGGCACGUGAUGCUGUUACAGAGACGACUCUAACACAGUGGUUUGCUCUUAACCAGACAGAUCCAGAUGCAAGGUGUCUACUCUAUGCUCAGACUCCGAAUAAGUAUAUGUGGAACCUUAAGAAUAAAAUUUGGUCUAAACGGAAGAGAGGCUUCGCAGUAAGCAGGAUUGUUUAUAUUAACCCUGGUUGCGGAGAUACUUUUUAUCUUAGACAGAUUCUUACCAAGGUCCGUGGUGCAGUUAGCUUUGCUGAUUUGCGAACAGUGAAUGGUUUCCCAUGUCGAACAUACCAAGCUGCUUGCCAGCGUCUGGGUUUGCUGUCUAACGACGAUGAAUGGUUGCUUGUUCUUCAAGAAGUAAAUCAGUGGGGUAUGUGUGGUCUCCUAAGAUAUCUCUUUGUGUCCAUGCUCAUGUUCUGUGAAACUUGCUGA